AAUUUCUUCGUCAGUCUACACGACGCAGUGCUUGUCGCUCUUGCUGAGCUACAUUCGGAUGAUGAGAUGGAUGGUGGUGGUGGUGGUGGUGGCGGCACGGAGGAUGGAAGGAGAGGAAUGGCAGUGCUUCGACGUCGUCGCACCAUUGAAGAGGUGCGCAAUAUCCUUGAGAGUGAUCCCGAUGCCACUACCGAUUUGUCGGUGCUGGGAGAGGAGCGUGCCGUCGCCUUCUAGUGCUCUCUCCUCCCCUCUAGUCCUUGUGUCACCUGUACACUCUCCCUCCUGCCUUUGCUCGUGA